AUGGCUCCCAAGUCAAGAAGACAGUUAUAUGCUGCUAAUGCUGCACAAAAACGAUGGUCGCCAGAACGAGAUUCGUCGAGUGAUGAAGAUAUUUAUUUGAUGGACAUCAAUAGAAUAAAUGUAUCUGAUAUUGCUGAUAUCUAUGAACUUUGUAAAACUUACUGUAGCACACGUUAUCUAAGCGUCUUGAUGUAUUUGACUUUACGACAUUUCAAUAUAUCGUGCAGAGAUACUGAUGCUUUUUUGAAGGAUAUCGGUAGUUAUACAAGAGAAGCAUCUCAUAACUGGUCCUGGAAAUUUCUGAAUGAAAAUUUUGAUGAAUUUAUUAAUGAUAAAAGACGCGGAAAACGAGGCGAUAGCUUCUACGAUAUUUAUCCGGAACUAGAAGAGGAAGCUAGAACUUUUGCUGUUAUUGAAUGCAAUAAAAAGGCAGCCAGUUUCACGGCUUCUGAGUUAGCGCAAUUUAUUGAUAACCGAUAUCAUGAAAUAAAUGAUAUUCAAAAGAAUGAUUUGAAAUUAGUUAGAUCUGUAGAAAGCUGUCGGGUAGAUUUACGAAGAUGGGGUGCACAUUUUGAUAUUAAUUCAAAUCGUCCGUAUUUCGAAGGACACGAACGUUCCGAUGUUCGAGAACAUCGAGAACCAUUUGUUCGUCAAUUUUUAACCAAUGAAGACAGUUAUUAUACAGUUAACUCUGACGAAGAUCCAUCCUAG